AUGGAGGGCUACUUUCCGGCCAGCGUGGCCCCGGUCCAGCGGCGACUGAGCAGGCUGUACAACGACACUAAGAAAUCGUCCGACUUCCUCAAGGAGCCCGUCCACAAUGGCGACGACCCUGACAUCAGGGCGCUGCACCGCAAGCUGCGCAUCCAGAAGGACCGCCUGGUCAGCUGGGGGCUGGAAUGGUCCGACAACACCGCCGUGGAGUCGGCCGAGCUCCUGAUUGACACUUCCCUGUCCAAGGCCGGACUCAGCGAGGUCGUCGGCAGCAUCAUGUCCACCAUCAAGGACAUCCUGGCCGAGGCCGAGCCGCUGUGGCAGAGCUCACGCCGCCUGAUCGGCGAGCGCGACUCGUCCAAGGAGAAGGGCAGCUCCGCCAGCGCCCAGGGCAAGCAGCUGCCCAUGGUGCCAUGGGAUAAGGGCCGGUUUGAGGACCUGGUGCGCGACCUGACCACCUCUAUCGACACACUCUACGAUCUCUCGCGUACCCGCUCCAGCGGCCCGGGCUCGCGCGCCGACCAGCAAAAGGCCGCCGGGGCCGCCGACGAGAUGCGCGCCUUCGAGUCUUCACGCCUUGAGACGGCUCGCCAGAUCGACCCCAGGACCCUGACCAACCUGCGCUCCAUCCAGGCCGAGCCCAUGUCCGAGGAGGCCGUGUCGGGCGAGCAGCGCCCGCGAGAUAUCGUCUUCAUGAACAAGCAGGCCUACGCCGACGUGGCAGCUCCGCAGGCCGGUUCGGCCGCCCAGGGUCGCCAGCCCAACGCCCCACUACUACUCGAGUACGCCAACUUCGACCCCAUAUACUCGGACGCCGGCAUCAUGCCGUCCAUGACCCGCUUCGAGCGGCUCUCGGCCGGCCUUCAGACCGACUCGCAACGCUCGACCGGCGCCUGGAUCGGCCUACCCCGCCUACUGGCCUACUUUGAGGACAUGGAGCACUCGCGUCUGGGCCUCGUCUAUCAGUUCCCGCCCACCUUCAACCCCGUCUCGUUUGAGAACCUAACCCAGAACCCACUAUACAGCCUCUGUUCCCUCUCGGAACUGCUGCGCCGCCCGGACUUUGAGCCCAAGCUCGAGGCCAAGUUCCGUCUCGCCUCCAAUCUGGCCAACACCGUCUUUGACAUGCACGCACGUGGCAUUACCCACGGCAACCUAAUCGACACUAACAUCUCCUUUUGUAACGCCGUCGGAAAUGAUCCGGCCAUGAACACGGCCGACGUUGAUAUCCGACGUCCGCUCGUGUCGUCCUUUGACCUUUUCCCCGGCUCCCCGUUCGAGGACCCCGCCGCCGCCGCCGCCCCGGCACCCCCGGCUGCGGGCUUCUCGCUGUACCGCCACCCACUCGACCCCCGCCUGACCGGCCAGGCGAGCGACGGCGCCGAGUCGCGUGUCUUUGACUUAUACUCGCUCUCGAUGCUCCUCCUCUCCAUCGGCCUGUGGACGAACCUCGAGAACCUGGUGCCGCACGCCGGCUCGACCGAAAUACCCGUCGGCCUCCUCGACCAGCUUGCCAUCCGCUGCGGCACCCUUUACAUGAAGGCCGUCCAGGCCUGCUGGACCGCCGUCGAGAAGGAGCUCUCGGGCCAGAGCGGCGGCGACCAGCUGCUGUCGAGGGUUCAGGUCAAGGCUAGCCGCUAUCUCGAGGCGUGCUGCAUCCUUGACGGCGUUAGUGGGCUCGAGGAGCGCCUGAGCGACGACCUAGGAGAGCCGCGCCCGCCCCCGGUCGCCGUGCCUCCGCAGCAGUUCGCGGGAGGUUCGUCCAAAGAGUCUACGAAGUCGGCGAAGGCGCCGGUCUUGCAGGUCAUCCCAGAAAGACAAGGGCCGCCGCCGCCAGGCUUCACCCAAACCACACCCGUCGUCAUCGAGACUUUCCCCUUGCCCGGCGAGAUACAAGCGAAAGCCAGGAAGUCGGCAGCAAAGUCUCGACUGUACCCGCACGUCCCCCUGCCGGCCGACGCGGUGGAGCGGUGGAACAAGCACAUCAUGCCGCAGGUCAACCAGGCGCUCCGCCACUUCAACCGCAAGCACCCCGAGUCGGUCGAGAUCUCGCUCGAAUCCAUCGGCGCAUCGGCGCGCGAGACAAAGCCCACGGUCCUGGUGGUCUGCACUUCAGUCUCAAAGGUGCGCAGCAUCCUCAAAAAGCAGCUGGGAACCCUUUUCGACGACCCUACCGGCUUUGCCCUCAAGGUCUGCAGGGGGCAAGUCUUGCGCUCGCGCAAGACGGCGGCGGUGGCCGGUGCAAAGGAGCAUCACCAUGGAGGCUCGCUGGAGCCGGCCAACGGCGACUUCCAGGAGCAGCCGGGAAACGGGGCGAGCAUCGGGGCGUGGAUUGGCGACCGGCACCUGCCGCCAGUCAGCUUCGGUGGAGUAGUCCUGGUGGACGACAAGCCAUACGGCAUGACAGUGCAUCACAUGCUUGACGACCCCGAUGGCGGGGUGGACGAGAACACGGCGACGGAAAAGCAGAUACAGAAGAUACUACGCAGCAGCGCCACGGCCCAGGAGAUGAUGGAUUUAAAUGCGUCGCUGUCGCAGUGGUACGCCGACCUACAGGCCGAGCAGUCAACCGGCUACAGCAGCAGCAGCGGCAACGAGUCCGACUACGCAUGCGAGUUCUCUGACAGCGAGUCCGACGCCUACUCCGACUCGGCCUUUACCAGCGAAGACGACGACGAGAACAACAACGAAGACGAAGAUGACGAUGAUGACACGCCCAGCGAGCCUGGCGAUAUACCAGGCGUUGAGGUCGGGUGCGGAGAUGGCUACGUCGUCACGCAGCCUGCGCUCGACGACGUCAAGGACGGCUUCUUCCCGGACCCCGACACCGCCGACGAUGAGCACCUGGCCAGCCAUGCCAUCGGCGAGGUGCACGCGUCGAGCGGCAUUCGGCGCCGCACCGACGACAACGGCUUGGUCCACGAGAUCGACUGGGCCCUGAUCGAGUUUGACGAAGAGGGCCGCAGGAACCGGAUUCCGAGCAGGAACCUGAUACCACGCCUCAGCCCCGACGACGGCGAGGCGCCGGCUGCCGCCACUGGCGACCUGCAGCCCAUCACGGUCGCCCCCGCGUCGGCGCUGCCAGGCCUCGAGGUGCAGUGCAUGGCGCGCACCAGCGGCCUGCAGAGCGGUCGCGUGCUGCCGGCCCUCGUCUCGAUCAAGAUCUACGGGCGUCAGACACCGAGCCACUCGUACCAGGUCGCCGGCACGCCCUCGCUGCAGCAGCUCAAGCAGCAGCAGCAGCAGCAGCAGCAGCGGCAGCGGCAAGACAGGCCUCCGCUGCCGCUCGGCGUGCCCGGCGACAGCGGCGCCUGGAUCGUCGAGCGCGAGCACGGCCGCCUGUGCGGGCACGUGCUCGCGUGGAGCGACAAGAAGCGCGUCGCCUACCUGUGCCCCAUGGACGUGCUGCUGCUCGACAUCGCCGAGACGCUGGGCGCCGAGGACGUGCGGCUCCCUGGCGGCUCGGCCGUCGUGCGUGCCAUGGACGCCGAGGAGCGACGGCUCCGCAAGGUCUCGAAGGCGUCGAGCUUUUCCGUCUCGACAGAGGCCCAGCCGGCGGUGCCACAGCCGCAGCCGGCCCUGCAGCCGCUGCAGCACGACUCGGCGCGCCUGUCGUCGUCGCUGGUGGGGCGUUGGGAUUCGCUGAAAAAGCGAGCGAGCAGAUCCGACGAGGGCUUCGUUGACGACGACGUCAGCAGCAUAAGUACGGUGGACAAUAUGAACUUGUACCCCCAGUAG